AUGGAGGUUAGAGGGAUGUGGGGAGGAAUUGAUGGCCAAGAUAGCGGCUGCUUGUCUUAUAUGAUGGUAAAUGCUAAAGAUAAUGGCUCGGCUAUUGGUGGAGAGGCGAGGGCUCAUGUGUAUGGUUGUGGUUGUGUCUUUUGGUGGAGAUGGAGCUUAAGGGUGGCUAUUUUGUUGUGUGAUGGCGGUGAUGGUGAUGAUGGAGGAGGCAUGAAGAUUAAAGAAGCCAUGGCGGUCCUCCUGCUACAAAAAGGUGUAGCGGGAGGACUACCAAGUACCUCAUUAGCUGGUGAAUCCAUAGUUCGCUCCUACGUGUGGUUUAAUCUCUGCCCUGUAAAAGUGAUUAAGGUUUCCAGACAAAAACAUGUGAGGGGUCCUCACAAGUGGGAAGAUUCCAUCAAGUUUGUUGAAGCAAAACAGGAGAAUGAGAAAAAAGCAACAUUGGAUGGUUUAAAUCAACGGUUUAAGCCCUACCUCUCGUGA